UAAUCUCUCUUGCAAGACGUUUUCAAAGCUGAUGAUUGCCUUAAUAUAUUGUUUUAUUUCCAAAUGUGAUUUCUAAAAGUUUCUAAAUGUUGCAACUACAUUCAAACUAGGCAGUUGAUGUCCUCAACCAUGUUUCGUUAAAUUAUUAAUAUGAGUGAACAUUGGCUAGGCUAUUUCCAACAGAGCGACAUUACAUUGCAACAUUUCAUUGUUGUUGUUUAUCAUUAUCAGGGACAGUGUAUUUCUUUAGGAAUACGCCAUAGUUGCCAUAGUUUCCUGGCUCAUCAAAGACGACCAUUGACAUCGACGGCAAAAAGCUAAGGAAGGAAGGAAGGAAGAUAGCUGACAUCUGCCCUGGCCGUGGCUUCCCCUCUACCUUGACUGUUUGUGGAAUGGCUGCAGUUUGGCAGCAGGUGUUGGCAGUGGACGCAAGGUACAAUGCAUACCGCACGCCUACGUUCCCACAGUUCCGCACGCAAUACAUCCGGCGGCGCAGCCAGCUACUCAGGGAAAACGCCAAGUGUGGCUUUGAGCCGGGGCUGCGCAGGCAUUACCUGAGGCUGCGCAGCCAGCUGCUGGCCCUGCGCUACGGGCCCCUGUCUGAGCAGAGCAGCUUCAGGGCCAGCAGUGUGCGCAGCUCCCGCACCACACUGGACCGCAUGGAGGAUUUUGAGGAGGACCCCCGUGCUCAGGGGGCUCGUGGUCACCGUCGAUCUGUGAGCAGAGGCUCCUACCAGCUACAGGCCCAGAUGAACAGGGCAGUCUAUGAUGAGAGGACCCCAGGUGCCUUGGUGCCAACCUCUGUGGCAGAAGCUAGCCGUGCCAUGGCUGGGGAUACCACUCUGAGCGAGAACUAUGCUUUUGCUGGCAUGCACCACAUAUUCGACCAACAUGUGGACUCUGCAGUUCCACGGCUGCAAUUUGCUAAUGAUGACAAGCACCUCCUAGCCUGCUGCUCAUUGGACGGCACCCUGUCCAUCAUGAUCCUGUCCCCGUCCCCGCCCAGUGUGAAGGUUGUCCUGAAGGGUCAUGCAGGUCCCGUCACCGACUUUGCUUGGUCCCUUAGCAACGACGUCAUCGUGUCGACAUCAAAGGAUGGGACACUGCGUAUUUGGAACACGGAGGAUGGGAGGUGUAUCCGUGAGGUCAGAGACCCGGAAGCUAGCGAACUGCUUUGCUGCACCUUCCAGCCCAUGAAUAACAACCUCACAGUGGUAGGGAACAGUAAGCACCUCCUGCAGGUGGUGAACAUCUCCACUGGGAAGAAGGUGAAGGGGGGUUCCAGUAAGCUGACGGGACGGGUACUGUCUAUGUCCUUUGAUGCCCCUGGGAGGAUCCUGUGGGCCGGGGACGACAGGGGCAGCGUCUUCUCCUUCCUGUUUGACAUGGCCACAGGGAAGCUGACCAAAGCCAAGCGGCUUGUGGUGAGUGAGGGCAGCCCAAUCUGCAGCAUAUCUGCCCGCUCCUGGAUCAGCAGAGAGGCUCGAGACCCCUCCUUGCUGAUCAACGCCUGUGUCAACAAACUGCUACUCUACAGAGUGGUGGAUAAUGAAGGCACUCUGCAGCUUAAGAGGAGCUUCCCCAUCAAGCACGGCUCCCAGCCCCUUCACAGCAUCUUCUGCCCUCUCAUGUCCUUCAGACAGGGCGCCUGUGUUGUGACUGGCAGUGAGGAUGCCUGUGUCUACUUCUUCGAUGUGGAGCGCAACACUAAGGCCAUAGUCAACAAGCUGCAGGGUCACGGUGGCCCAGUGCUGGAUGUCAGCUUCAACUGUGACGAGAGCUUACUGGCUUCUGCAGACUCCACUGGCAUGGUCAUCAUCUGGAGGCGGGAGCAGAAGUGACCAACCACCAAAAACUUCCUUCCAUGCACUACAAAAAAAAAAGCAACUACCACUUUGAACCAUCCAAUCACUAGAAUGCUAAAUACAAGGGGCAGGGAAGGGGUAUCUGUGUUUUUAUGGCUGGGAUUUAGUGGUUACUGUGAGUGCGGUCCCCGCGAACGCAGAAAUAUAGCCUUUUUAAAUAUAGCCAAUAAAGUGCUAUCAAAUUGAAUCCCUGCCUAGGUUUUCAACUUGAAAGGGAACACUGCUCCUCGCUGAGGGUCCUGAGAGGUUUGCAUGUGUCAAGAGUAGGACCUGUAAUAGCGCUAACUACUUAUUGUAAAGCAUUAAUAUAGCAAAAUGUAAUAUACAGUAGUAUUAAAUGACAGCCUUGUUCCUCUAAAGUUUCCCAUUUUCCUUCAAUCAUUCCCAUGUUUAUUGUUCUACUGUGAUGUGCAUGGCAUUGUAUCAAGAACCCAUCAUAGAAAUCAGUACUGACAUAUUGGAAUAACUAGUGUGUGUAUAUAUAAAAAAAUAUAUAUAUAUACUUGAUAGGAACUCAAAGAAUUUGUCUGUUUAUGUGCCUGUGGUGUCAUUUUAAUGUAAUGGUUGCAAAGAACUAUAAUAUAUUUAUGAUAUGCACAUACUGAAUAAAGUAGCCACUGUACAUCUCA